AUGCCUAGCGAAAUUGUCGCGCCAAUUCCUGUCACCCCUCCAAGAAAGGGCGCACGCAUUGCGGGCUCAUCAGAACUGUUCGCCAGCUUGAAUGCUUCACUCGAAUCCAAGGCCAGCAAGCCUACAACUCCCGUCCGCACCAUCCAAGAGCGCGACUGGGACGUUCCGGCACCACCGCCACCGAGCCCCGGCAACAGAGAACUCCCGGCCUGUACACCACCGGCCUAUGGGUGUUGA